GGGUGGGCAGCGGGCCCAGCCGGUACCGGAAGAAGCCGCGCUCCAUCCUGUCGGUCCAGCCGUCCAGCAGGGCCCGGUCGAAGCGGGACAGAGCGGAGUCGGAGUCGGGGUCAGAGUCCCACCCGGCCGCCUGCGGCACGAAGUCCUCCUCCCCGUACACGAACUCCUCGGGCUCCGGUUCUCCGGGACACGGCUCCGCAUCCUCCGCCGCCAUCGCGGCCGGGGCACGGGCGGGGCUUUAGGAUGCACUGGGGCGGUGCUUGAGGCCACGGCAACGGCACUGACGGGAGCGGCGGAAGCGGCGCCGGCCGCCAUGGGGGGCUCGGCCAGCCUGCUGCCGAGGGAGGCGCUGCGCGAGUACCAGGAGCUGACGUUCCUGAGCAAGCAGGAGAUCCUGCUUGCCUACAAGAGGUUCAGUGAACUGCUGCCAAAGGAGGACAGGCAGAAUGCCUGCACCGCGCGCGUUCCCAAGAGCCGCAUCCUGACGCUGCCGGAGCUGCGGGCAAACCCUUUCCAGCACCGGAUCUGCCAUGUGUUCUCCACCUCGGAUGACGGUGAUGACAGCAUGUCCUUUGAGGACUUCCUCGAUAUGCUGAGCGCCUUCAGCGACUCUGCCACCUCAGACAUCAAAUCCCAUUACGCCUUCCGCAUCUUCGACUUCGAUGACGAUGGGACUCUGGACAGAGAGGACCUGGAGAAGCUGGUGACCUGUCUGACGGGACAGGGUGAGGAGUCCCGGCUGAGCAGCGCAGAGAUGGAGCAGCUCAUCCAGAACAUCCUGGAGGAGUCUGACAUCGACAAGGAUGGCACCAUCAACAUCUCCGAGUUCCAGCACGUUGUCUCCCGCUCCCCGGACUUCACCAGCUCCUUCAAGAUCGUCCUGUGAGCACCUGCGGCUCCAGAACUGCUCCUCCUGCUCCAGCAGCUCCAGAUGUUUCCUCUUCCAGCAGCCCCGUGGCUCAUUGCAGCACCCACAGUGCCUUAGGCAGGACACCCUCCUGCUCCUUUCAGAGGUGGCUCUGGAAGCUGCUGCCUUCCCUGCAGCCCCUCUGCUCUCCCAGGGUAGAGUUUUAACUCCUUGUGCACACCAAGGGCAGCUUGUUGGGGUGCUCCUGGCCGGGGCCCCCUCUCUGCCCUCAGCACCGAUUCGUGCCUUCAGCAGCAGGCAGCAGCUGCCCUCCCCUCCCCAAGCCCUGCCCAGGACAUGGAGCCAUUCAAGCAACAACCCACACACGGAGGUGUUUCUCCAAGCAAUAACCCUGAGCAGUGACCGAGGGGCGCUGGGGAUGUGCUGUCCUGCAGCAGAGCUGUGCCACUCAUUGCUGCACAGAGCACACAGCCCCUUGGCACUGACCACACUGCUCCCCUUUCCUUCCCUGCCCCUCCUCUGCCUCAGCAGCCCCACAGCCCCGGCCUCUUCCUCUGUGCUGCAGGACACAAAUAAAGGGCUCUGGUUUCAGGC